AUGGAGAUCCAGGGGCAUUUCCACACCACGGAGGUGACGAAAGCGUGGAUUCAAGGGAUCUGCUGCUGCUCUCGGGGCUGGGCCAUCCAUCCAUCCAUCCGCGAGGGGGACACACCAGGAAGCGCUCCAUGCCAACUGCCGAGCUACUGCCUGUGUCCCAAGCCUCUGGGCAUCGUCACCUCCGGGCGCAGGGCGGGCCCCUGCCUGCCGGCCGCCCACCUGCUGACCCUCGGCCCCUCCGCAGGUGAGUGUCCCAGCCCGGGGCGCGGCGGCGGCGCCAAGCGGAAAAAGAAGCAGCGGCGGAACCGCACCACGUUCAACAGCAGCCAGCUGCAGGCGCUGGAGCGUGUGUUCGAGCGCACGCACUACCCCGACGCCUUCGUGCGCGAGGAGCUGGCCCGGCGGGUCAACCUCAGCGAGGCGCGCGUGCAGGUCUGGUUUCAGAACCGCCGGGCCAAGUUCCGCCGAAACGAGAGGGCCAUGCUGGCCAACCGCUCCGCCUCGCUGCUCAAGUCCUACAGCCAGGAGGCCGCCAUCGAGCAACCCGUGGCUCCCCGGCCCACCGCCCUGAGUCCGGAUUAUCUUUCCUGGACAGCCUCGUCCCCCUACAGCACGGUGCCGCCCUACAGCCCUGGAGGCUCAGGCCCUGCGGCCCCGGGAGUCAACAUGGCCAACAGUAUCGCCAGCCUCCGUCUCAAGGCCAAGGAGUUCAGCCUGCACCACAGCCAGGUGCCCACGGUGAACUGACUGCCGGCCCCCCAGGACCCCGCUGCCUCCCUGGUCGAGCAAUGGCAAAGAGGGCAGACAUGAAAGUGACCUUCUCCUGUCCGCUGUCUCCAGGACAGGCGGGUGGGGCUCCCCUGGCCCUUCUCUCCAGCCCGGACUUCUGGGCCCGAGAGGCUGCUGAGAUGCCGGCAGCCCCUUGUCUACAGCCAUGGGAGACUUUGGCCCGUGACCUUCGGGGGAGUUGGGCUAGAGGCGGAGCAGGAGGCCACAAAGGACUGCAUUUAUUUUGUGUAUUAAAACCGAAAAGCUUUCA